GGGAUUCUCAGAAAUUACUUUAAGCUUAAAGUAAAAGAGAAACAGAGUUGUAUUUCCUUUUUAGUUUUCCAGUUAUGAAUCUUUUUGAAACCAUCUUCUUCAUCUUUCUCUUAUCGUCUCUUCGGCCAUCAACAAGCUCUGAAAUCUGCCGUGUUUCAUGUGGGAUUCAAUCGAUUCGUUUCCCUUUCCGUCUCGAUAACCAAGCUGAUCGUUGUGGCUAUCCCCGGUUCAAUCUCUCAUGCAAAAACCAAUCCGAAACUGUCCUUUCGCUUCCAUUUUCGGGCGAUUUCGAUGUCGUAAACAUCGACUAUAUGUUCCAAAACAUAUGGAUUAACGACCCCGAUUAUUGUGUCCCCCAACGUCUUCUUCAGGGGCUUAAUCUAUCCCUCACCCCUUUUUCUUUGUUGUAUCCUCGAAGUUUCACGUUUUUCAAUUGCUCCUUUGCUGCAUCAUCAGAGCUACCUGAAGCAAAGUAUAUCUCUUGUCUUAGCGGCGGAAAUUUCUCCGUAGUGGCUAUACCGGUGGAACGGCUUGAUUUGUCGACGUCCUUCUCGACAUCGUGUUCAGAGAUAGCGACGGUUCCGGUUCCAGUUUCCUGGACGGGUUGGUUGAAUCCUGGCAAUGGUAUCAUGUUGACAUGGAAUGAACCUAAUUGCAUGUUUUGCGAAAGGCGAGCAGGGAAUUGCAUGUUCAAGAGUGAUACGGGCUUGGAUGUUGGAUGCUCCGAUGGUUUUAGCAACGGUCUUCCAAGACGUGCUAAAUACGGCAUAAUGUUUGGUGUGGGAAUACCAGUCCUGUUCAUCAUCGGCUUGGUAAUUUACCUCCGCAAAAAGGCUGAGAGUUACGACCUUCAUCAUCCCAACCGGACGGAACCGUUGUCCAAUUCGAUCGCCCCGAUAUUGGAUGCUUUAGCCAAAGGUCUGGACGGAAAAACCAUCGAGGCGUAUCCGGUAACAUUGCUUGGUGAAAGCCGGCGGUUACCGAGUCUAAAUCAUAACACUUGCCCAAUAUGUCUGGAUGAAUACCAAGCCAAAGAGAAGUUAAGGACUAUUCCAGAUUGCAAGCAUUAUUUUCAUGCCGAUUGUAUCGAUGAGUGGUUGAAAUUGAAUGCUGCAUGCCCCUUAUGUCGUAAUACCCCUUAAUCAUUGCCUCAUUGUUUCAUCAUCUUCUUCAUAAUACAUGGUUUAGUUAACUUAUUUUC